ACCACGCCUCCGGCACUCCCGGCUUCCCCUGUUUCCGCCUUUCCCCGACUAGAAGCCGCCGCAGAGAGCACCCUCCCCGCUUGGCCAUGGCUUCCCUGACUGCGGCGACCGCCUCGGCGAUGUCCGAGAUGCUGGGAAACCCCCUCAACUUCUCCGCGGCCCGGCCCUCUCCGGCGCCUGCCUCCUCCUCUUCCACCUUCAAGGUCGUUUCCCUCUUCUCCAAGAAGAAGGCGGCCGCCCCAGCCAAGUCCAAGGUGGCUGUCUCCCCGGUAAACGACGAGCUCGCCAAGUGGUAUGGUCCUGACAGGAGGAUUUUCUUGCCGGAGGGCCUGUUGGACCGCUCCGAGGUGCCUGAGUACCUCAAUGGGGAGGUUCCCGGAGACUACGGCUAUGAUCCCUUUGGGCUGAGCAAGAAGCCGGAAGACUUCGCCAAGUAUCAGGCGUACGAGCUCAUCCACGCCAGGUGGGCCAUGCUUGGUGCUGCUGGGUUCGUCAUCCCAGAGGCCUUCAACAAGUUUGGUGCAGCUUGCGGGCCGGAGGCAGUGUGGUUCAAGACUGGAGCUCUCCUCUUGGAUGGGAACACCCUCAAUUACUUCGGAAAGAACAUCCCCAUCAACCUUGUAGUCGCGGUUAUUGCAGAAAUCGUCCUCGUUGGUGGCGCCGAGUACUACAGAAUUAUCAACGGACUGGAUCUGGAGGACAAGCUUCACCCAGGCGGUCCGUUUGACCCACUUGGGCUGGCCAAGGACCCAGACCAGGCAGCGCUGUUGAAGGUGAAGGAAAUCAAGAACGGACGGCUUGCCAUGUUCGCGAUGCUAGGCUUCUUCCUCCAGGCCUACGUCACAGGCAAAGGCCCAGUGGAGAACCUCGCAGCUCACCUAAGUGAUCCUUUUGGAAACAACCUCCUCACUGUGAUUGCGGGGGAGCGUGCCCCUGUUCUGUGAAUCUGUGAUAUGUGUUAUUUUCUUUUCUUUUUUUAUUUUCUUUUUUUUUUCGUUGAGGUGUUGAAUCCGAACGUGCUCCUUGUUGAAGAGACGACGCCAUCUGCUUAAGUAAAUAGAUCAUUCUUCUUUCCUUAAUUUUCA